CGUGGGUUUGAAUUUCAUUUCAACGGAAGCGAGCAGGGGUUUCCAGAAAGAGUUCACAGGAGAGAGAGAGAGAGAGAGAGAGAGAGAGAGAGAGAGAUGGACGGAAUCCUGUGCGACGAGGUCCUAGAAGAAGUCUUCCGCCGCCUCCCUUUUCCCUCCUCCGCCGCCGAAGUCUCCCUCGUCUCCAAGCGGUGGCUACGCCUCUGCCGCUCUUCCAUGUCCGACGUCUCUCUCUGUCUCUCCGUUGACAAUUGUACGGCCCCGUCCCUCUCCUCUUUCCUCUCUUACUUCCCUCACCUCUCCUUCCUCAAAAUCACCACCGUCACCUUACGCAGCGACGGCGGCGACAUCUCGGGCUUUCGCUAUCGGAUCCUCUCCCCCGACGACAUCUCGGCUUUCGCCGACCAGAUCCUCCUCUCCGUCGCCUCGUCCUGUCCCAAGCUGACAGGUCUCCGUCUCCAGUCUGGGCCAGUCUCUCUCUUCCCUCUGCUGUCUCUCUCUACCUCAUGCCCUCACCUCACCUCUCUCGACAUUACCCUAUCUAGACCCUUCUCUUUCCACUGGCUCGUCUUCUUGCACUCUCUUCGAAAACUCGCCCUCAGUUUCUGCCCCAUCCCUGGCAAAUUCAAACACGUCGAUGCUGCUUCGAAAGGGAGCUUCGACGAUGCUGAACUGAAAUUAGAAACCCUAUCUUUGUCUCAUAUUCCACAUGGCGAUUACGGUUUUGAUUGGCUAUGGAAAAGCUGUAAAAACCUUAAGAAACUGCAGCUAUGCGACUGCCAAGGAAUUGGCAAUGGUAUGUCACUUUCAUCGUUUGUUAAUUGCUUAAAAGGCCUCCAAGAAGUGGAAUUGACGACUUGUAGACCCAUAGUUGAUGAAAUUUUAACGAUAUUGGCUGAGAAUUGUGCAUCUUUAAGCUCUCUAUUGGUCUAUAAUGGUGGCGGUAGAGAGGGAUUACGUCAUUUCAUUACUCAGAGUCGUCUUAAUUUGCGAAAACUGGAUUUAUGUUUACCUCAUGACCUCCGAGACAAUCACUUGUUGGCCGUGGCUGAGAAGUUCAGGGGUUUGUCGUCUCUUCGGUUAGAUAGUUGUUAUCGUGUUACUGGUGAAGGGCUUAAGGCUAUGGUGUUAGCCAUGAGUGAUAAGCUUGAAGAAUUGGCUUUGAUAAAUUGCAACAUGAAACCUGGAUUGUUGACCACUUUAGGACACAGUUUUACAAAUUUGAAGAUUUUGGACUUGUCUUAUAAUGACAUGUUGGCGGAAGAAGAGUUUAUAUUGAUGCUUGCGUUGUUUAAUUGUUUGAGGGAAUUGAAGGUGAGGGGGUGUAGAGGGUUGACAAUUGUGUCUGUGGUUUCGAUGUUUAAGAGAUGUAAGCAGUUGGAGAGUGUAGAUAUAAUGAAUUGUCCUCAGAUUGAGGCAAAGGCUGUUGAGUUAUUUGUUUUGAAUUGUUUGCAGUUGAGGCAGAUACAUGUUGAAGAAAGCAAGCUUUCAGAUGUUUCCAGGUCGUGGGCUUCAAAGAAGUUCAUUGAGGUUAUUUUUGAUGAAUGAUUCGGAAGGGGGAGAACAGAAGAAGGGCCAUUCUAUGUUUCUUUAGAGUUGUGAAUCUAUGCAGGUAUUAAUCUCCGUAAAAGCUUCUAAUAAGAAUGUACCCAUACUUUAUAACAUUGCGACAUCUCUUAUAUUUCCCAUGUCCUCUUCGUUUACUUCCUCAUCAAUUGUACUUGUAUUAAGACUAUGGGUUGUGUGUGUCUAUUAGAAUGUAUAUGUACAAUUGUUGGGGUAGCAAAUUAGCAUAUGGUGAUCGUUUCUUACCGUUUUGAUAAAGGAUUAUGGCGUUGGACAAUUGUUGGGGUAGCAAAUUAGUAGUCCUUUAGUAAUGAGAGAAAUUUAUGCUUUUCAUUAUUUUCUAGUGAUCGGAAUUUAUGGAAUUGAUUUGGGGAUAGUGCACUGAUCUUAGCCUUCUUUGCUUAUAUGGGUUAUGGAUGUAUUUCUUCUCAUUG